CUACACACUGAUUGUUGACAUGGCUUCCUAGACAAUGACCUGACACGUUGACACUCUCGAACACACCUCUACCUUAGCUACCUACAUAGGUACUAAAGGGAAACCCCGAGAGUGGCCCAUGUCACGUGGUGGUGUCGAUGAUCUGUUGACGGAUUCAAUUACUGACUCCAUCUCAACCAGGGCACCCUCCUCUACGACAGCUGUUUCAGUCUUUCGCAACAGAGAUGAUACCAUUCUGACCGGCUGCGCCGCUAGAAUCCCCCAUUCUUCCCGAAUACGUCUUCUAUAGGCAUCCGUCUCUUCGUCAGAAGUGCUGGACUGACCACGUCAGAGGGGGUCGUUUGCCCAACCUCGUCCUUCGAGGCAACUCCAAGACGCACCAUGCUCCCUAUGCGGUCUACUGUCGGCUGCGCAAAGUUGACCAUCCGCCACAAGCCGUACAUCUGCCCCCGCUGUCAUCGUUCCGGGUUGGCGUCUUCCUCAGCAAAGCAUUUUACAAUCUCGAGCCCGGAUCGCCGACCGAACGGCCCGCUGGAGACGUCCACCCUCGAUCGGACACCCUACGAUUCCUUUCUAUUCGCAGCCCCGUCCUCCUCACCACCUAGUUCCAAAUCCUUCAUUAGGGAUCAUCUAAGAGCAUGGAGUGUUCAAAAUCAGAAAGUCAAAAAAGAUCACGCUGAGGACAACUUCGCCUCUGGGGCUCGAUUGACGGUUCUGCCCAAUUCUCUCUUCAUAGAGGAGUCACCAACCCUUCAAGAUGACGUAGAUUGGGAUGAUGCCUCGACCUUUGACGCCCACCGUACCACCGAUACUGAUGAUGGGGUCUCCGCUCCCCACGCGAGGCAUGGGCUGGAAAUAGGAGAUCUCAUCUAUCUCAACCGAGUCUACAUUAAUAUCCGUCCCCAGUUUGCCAUCUACUUAGGAACUCGUUUCGCUCAGGAGCAGUUCUUCCUCGCCGAUGGGAGAUGGUUGGUCACGACCUUGAGCCCCUUCACAAGCCCCAUCAUAUCUCGGUUUGCCCCAAAAGAAGAGGUCGACCUCAUCCUCCGUCAUUUGCCCAAGAAGCGUCUUGAGUACCAAGAUCGCCACCUCGGAAUUGCCACUCUACAUUCUUUUGCUGACCAUGUUCCCCAUGUCGAUGCCGCUCCACUUCUAGGUCGCAUCGUUGACUUUUCAGACGACGUCGACUCUUUUCGGCGCGACAACGUUGCACUUCUCGAUGGUAUAUACGACAUCCUCGCGCACGAGGACAAUUACAUCUCUCCUUCCUUCGCCCACAUCGUCGAGAAGCUGCUUGGUCGGCCGUCUACUCAGGUCUCCUCAGCCGAGUCCAUGUCAAUCUUUCUCGCAAUGAGUCGUGAUGUCACCCGUAUCAACUUUCACAAGGUGCCGCAGAGCAAGGAGAUGUCGACACUGAUUACCCCAAAAGCACUUCAUCGCAAGUUUGAAAAAGUCGUGGACUGGGCUCGGGACUACCAAGAUGCUGCUGCUCGCGCGGCGUUGGGAAUUAACGUCACCGCGGACCUCGAGAAGAACCCUCUCUCUUCGUUCAUCGACAAAGCUCGCCGUUUGAUACUCAAAAGCCGCAAGAUCCGUUCUCCCACCACCACAGGCCAGCUAGGUCCAAGUACUGCCCAAAGUACGGGUUCCAGUGCCACAGCCACCCAAGAAACUGGCGAGACGUUUUCAGAUUCGGACAAGAUGUUCCUUGAGUUCCUCUGGGAUUGCUACGUCCGCGAACCGAUGGGAUCUGCGGGGCGUACACGCCAUCAGUCAAUUGGCUCUCUUCUUCUGAGAGCCAUUGGAGCAUACCCUAAGAUGCGUUUAGAGCGCAACAUUGGUUCUCUUUUGCUCCAAGAACUCGGAGUUCUAGCACCCUCGACUCAAUCCUACGACCACAACCUAAUUGUUCGUGUACCCGGCCGAAGAGGCUCAGAAGGCCUCGAUGCUCUUAUUGAAGAAGCAGACAAGUCUUGUCGUGAUGCUGGCUGGCGCCGCGAUUUCACCUACGAUGCUGACCGGGACUUCAUGGCCUCACUAAGGCAGCCCUUCAAGCUAAAGGCUUUUGCGGUGGAUUCGUCAAAAACCUUCAUACGAGAUGAUGCAUUUUCGAUUGAGCCUGGCACCGUUAUCCCAAACUCCACCUGGGUCCACAUUCACAUUGCACAUCCGAGCGCAUUCUUUCCACGAGAACAUGUCUUUGGCCGCUUGGCCGAAAAGCUAGGGCAAUCUCUAUAUACCCCAACAGAGGCAAUGCAUAUGCUACCAUUAGAUCUGGCUUGCGCAAUCAGCUUAAAAUCAGGUAGCCCGGCCCUUACAAUCAGCACGCUUUUAGCCUACGAUGGCUCGGUUUUAGAUGUCAACGUUCAGCCAACAAUAUUGUCCGAGGUCGUCUUUCUCCGGCCCGAGGCUGUCGACAUCGUCACAGGACGAACAGCAGAAGAGGUGGCAAGUCUUCUCGUUGGCGGAAUGCAAGAGAAAGUUGAUCUACUAUGUUCUGAGCAAGACCUAGAAGAUGCCCAAAAACACCGUGAGACCUUGAUGGACCUCAUGCGCAUUCUUCUCGCUCGACACGACGCUCGCCCUAGUGAACUGCCACAAGCAGCAGACUGGAGCGCACUGCAGAUCUCUAGCUCAGUUUUCGUCUCCGAUGCCGAGCCUUUUCGAAGAGAUCACCUUUCCGAAAGCUAUCAUCGUCUGGGAGAGCCCGAGAUCAAACUCGUUGCGACGCGGCAUCCACACUGCUCUCGCUUAUCGGAGCUUCAACGUCAGCGUGAUCUAACCACGCAUGCCAUGUCUCUGGCAGCGGAGUCUGCAGGUAAAUGGCUCAGUGAUCGGAAGAUACCUGCACAAUUUGUCCAAACGGUGCUAGAUCCCGACACAGAUCUUGCGUCGAUCAAUCAAGCGGACAAGGUCUCGGCAGCGGAGCGACCUGCAAUUGUCGCACGUUCAUCACCUGGCGUCUUAUUGCACUUGAAUGCAAAGCAGUAUGUACAGUGUACAAGUCCCCUCCGACGAUAUCGGGACCUGGUGGUGCAGUGGCAAAUCGAUGCAUACCUGCGAGCGGCGGCAGAUGAGUCGCCACAUCAGUCACCUAUAACACGUGAUACACAGCUUGCUUUCAGCAAGGACGAGAUGGACGAACAUAUUCUGAAGAGUCACGACAGGAUGGGUUCCUGGUUCAAGGUCAAUGCGCGUACGGCGAGGUCAUGGCAACUGCGGGCAUUGUUUCGGGCAUUCCACUUCAACGAAGCGGAACUCCCACCAGUUUGGGACAUGGUAGUGAUUGGUGUAGCAAAAGCGAAGGGAGAAGAUGACGAUACACGCAUUCGGGGCCAGCUCAUCCCAUUUGGAUCCACAGUGCAACUCCUGGAAUCGCAGGAGAAGUGGGAAGCUGGGGUGAAGAAACACCAAUACUUGCCUGUCAAGUUCGAGAUGGUGGAUCAGGGUUCCAGGCUGAUUUCAUGUCGUGCGGUCGGCCCUCCUAGUGACACACCUACUUGUACAGAUCCUAUCAAGAUCGUGCCCCGAACAUGGCAAUCUGGGCAGAAUACGAGUGCACAAGGCGUCGAGGCUGACAUUGUUGUGGGCUGAAGGAAGGCAGCCCUGCUGUCGACAGGAACGCCAUGGACACGCAAGCAUAAUCAAGCGGGAAAGAGAACAGGCUUCUGGGGACAGAGGUUCCCCGGAUUGUAAUCCGUACCGCUGUCAAGUGGAGGAGAAAGAUGGUGACAAUCUUGCAUGCGAAGUAUACUUGGUGGGGUUGCGAUGGAGAGCAAGUGAGGAUCAGGUCAGAUCUCAGUUUUGAGCAAGGCACAGUUGGUGAUUCAUGAGAUUGCUGGCAUGGGGGAAGCUGCCGCAUCAAUAUGGUUGGAUUUGUAUAACAUGAGGGACGAGAGGCGUAACUUGGUAGACAGCCACGACGAGGAUGUACUCCGUACAGGGUAUGGCACAAGAUGGAGAUGGUUCUGCAGGCUAGUAAGUCCAUCUUGACAAAUAGUUACUCUGACAGAAGUUUGGAUUCUGGCUGGCGAGGAUAGGCGUAGGCGCAGUACUUCGUAGUGGUGGACUGGCACAUUGGAAUGAUUUAAACUUGGCGAGUGACAGAUUUGACAGGCGAGCCAGGCCAGCCAGGCAUCGAGUGUCUGCGCAUGGUGACGCGAUAGUGCGAUUGCAGGUGAAAAACUCUGCUUGACAAGGCGCCAGGCUUGCAGUAGCCCAGUCGCUGCUGGUACCGAUUGAGGUCAAACAAACUGGAUUGGGGUUUUGAGACAGAUAUGAAUCGGGUGUGUGGGAUGAUGUUGG